UUUUGCACACGAAAACCCCAGAAUAAGCUGAUGCUUCUGAAACGGGCCCUAAAUCAGCCCUCGCUGUGUUUUCUCUCCUCCUUCUUUGUGUAGAAAACACCAGUUCUGAAGCUGAAAACAUGACCGGAGGCACAGCACAGAACACCACUAUACAGCAAGAGGAAUUUACAAGCUUUGACAUCUUUUCAUUAUUCAUUUUAUUUUCCACUAUUGUAGUGGGUCUCAUUGGAAAUGGGCUUGUCAUAUUUCUGACUGGCUGCAGAAUGAAGACGACCGUCAACUCCAUUUGGUUUCUCAACUUGGCGAUUGAAGAUUUCACAUUCAUGUUGUCUACGGUCUUAAAUCUUCUCUCAACUUUGGGCCAGAGUCAAUUACAUAAAAUAAACAUUUUCUUUUUAUUUAUAUUAAGACUAAAUAUGUAUGCUAGUAUUUUUUUUCUUGUAGUUAUCAGUCUGGACUGAUGCCUGUGCACAUGGAUGGCUGUUUGGGCUAAAAGUAAACGAACUUUACUUAAAGCCAGGAUCAUCUGCAUAACUGUGUGGGUUUCAUCCAUCGGCUGCAGCAUUCCUUCCUUUACAUUUGAACUGUUUACUCGUGCAUCUCUGAUCACAUAUCAUUUUACAGUGGGGUUCCUCAUCCCCUUUCUGAUCAUUGCAUCUUCAUACACAGCUAUUGGAGUACGAAUCAAACGCUUCAAAAGUGUAAAGCAGCUCAGGUCGUACCGGGUCAUUAUAACCAUAAUCCUGUUUUUUUUUUUUUUAUGUUGUUUUCCAUACCAUGUUUGCAGUUUUUAUGCAGUAACUGCAGUAGGAAAUAACUGGAGUGAUAACAAAGUAUUGUUGACAGCAAUGAUUGUCAGUUUCUACCUGGUUUAUCUUAACAGCUGUCUGAACCCCAUUCUUUAUGUGUUCAUGUGUGAUGAGUAUAAGAAGAAGCUUAAACAGUCUCUGCUGCUGGUGCUGGAGACAGCUUUUGCUGAAGAUCAUCUGGACUUUAAGGCAGAUGCAAAAGAACGAGCAGGACAUGAAAACCCAACUGAAUUGUUAGAUAUGUAGAAAACUGUUAUCUAAAUGAUGAACCUGGAUCUAAUCCAGUAUGUUUAUAGUCCUUAUCUAGCAACUUGUAAAAAACAGAAACUGCAA